AUGUCGACACGCCACCGAUUGCCAGAAUACCACGCCAAGCCCUACAGCUACAGCCACUCGCAUGACUCCGUCGCAGGCCUGCAAGUCAUCCAGUAUCGCUCGUAUCAACGUGAUAUACACAUAUACCAUCUACGGACACACCUCCUUCCGCUCCCUGUGGUCAGGAAAGCGCUGCAGAGCCAGGAAGGAUACCGCGACCGACUAACCAGCUACGAUCCUCUACGUUACUUUGAUGUCAUCGAAGGCGACGAGGUGCCACCCGGAUGCAUUGAGGCAGCCUACAUGCCCAACAUCAUUCGUGGAUACGGCUCUGCACUUGCAUUGCGCGCAGCAGGAGAUCUGGAUUCAGAAGCAGUCGAGUGGUAUGUCUUCAGCGGACCUAUUGACGGUAGUUUCCUAUCUCAGUUUGUUUGCGCAGAUGGAAAGUGGGGGUUGCAACUGGAAAAUAGUUCAGACGAUCCCCGGAAGGUCUUUGAUCUUGUUGGAUACGUUGAGAAAGGCCUCAAAACACGGACUGUGAGGGGCGCGAAUCGAGAGCAUAAGGGAUGGCAUGAUACGCUGUGUGCCUCUAAGCCAGUCAAGAAGAAGGUAAAACUGACAUGGAAGAGAUUUGGGAAGGAAUUGAGGGCAGAUCAUGAGCGCAAGUCAAGGGAGGCGACCGUCGGCCGAGAAGAGCAGGAGCAAGAUGAAGGUGGACAAAAUGUCCCGAUGAGGGACGAAAGCAAGCAGCCUCCGCAGCCGCCUCAGAAGCCAGUCACUCGGAUCAAGGUGCUGAAUUAA